UAGCUAUUUAUUCGAUCGCAUAGAUUCGCGGGUGAUUGGAAUGUGAUUCUGAUAAGAAAAAAAAUGUCGGGAAGCGCAUAAGUACAAUGGAAUCAAGAUGGCUUAAGCUCUAGAAAAUGCGGUGAAACAUGACAGUUUGUCUUUGGGAUGGCAAGUAAGGGGCAGUUUGAAAACACAUCAAACACUGAACAAGAGACUGUCUCUACCACAAACCCUGUCACGAAGAAACGGCGAUCCCAUGGAACAGUGGCGAGAGUUCUAAGAGAGAAUGAAAAUGCAGCUGUUUACCGUGAAUCUGGUAGGUGGCAGCUUCAACACAAACGUCAAGCUUUGAAUCGAAAAAUUCACAAGCAGACAAAACUACGAGACGGAGCCGAAAAUUUAAUCAAAGCUCUAAAAAGUACCAAUGACCGUAAACUCAAACAUGCUGCCCGCAUGGAGCUCAGCUUUGCAAGUUUCCAGCUGGACCAGCUACAGGAGGAGUUGGAAGGGAUCAAUUGCUCCCUCGAUGUCUAUCAGUUUGAUGGAACCAUGGAAAAGCAAGUACCUAUGAUUCCUCUGGGUCUACGAGAAACCCAAGAUGUAGACUUUUGUAGUCAGUUUAAGGAAUUUUUGCAAGACCACUAUGAUGAAGAUCCUGAGAAAUACACAGAGGAGUUUGCAAGAUAUAGAAAGCUUAGAAAAACAAUGUGCAAUCCCAGCCGCGAUAAAGAUGGUAUACUCUCCCUUUAUGAAUACUACAAUCAGAUGUAUUUUGUCGAGAGAAAGUUCUUCCCUAAAAGGGGUUCCAUGGCAGUUUAUUUCCACUGGUAUGAUGCAAUGACCGGACUCCCCAAAGUACAAAGGUCUGCAGCCUUCGAAAAGGCGAGUGUGAUGUUCAACAUUGGAGCACUGUGGUCACAAAUUGGAACCAAGCAGGAUCGGGGCACAGCUGAAGGAGUAGAGGAAGCAUGCAUGGCCUUCCAAAAAGCGGCAGGUGCAUUUCGCUUUAUAAGGGACAACUUUAUGAACUCACCAAGUGUGGAUAUGACGCAAGACACCUUGGAGGCACUGAUUCCCCUUAUGUUGGUCCAGGCGCAAGCGUGCAUGUGGGAAAAGCGAAGACUACUACACGAUGACGUCGAUGGCUUCCAAGAAUGCAUACAAGCUGGUCAGGAAUGCGCUGAGAUCAGUCAGGGCUACAAGAGGGUACAACUGCUGAUGAACUCGGGAAUUUGUAUGGACUCCAUUCCUACAGCGUGGAGAAACCUCGUAAAAAUAAUGAGUGUUCACUAUAAGGCAUUGUCUCACUACCAUACUGCAGCAGGGUUACUCCAAUGUCCAGCUGGAGAAACAAGCGGCUUACAUGAAAUGCUCUCAUCUUUGUACAUAUCGGAUAUGGACAGUGGGCCUAAAAGAAAAAAGCAAGCUAAGGCUCAUCUCCACGCUGCGCUACGGCAUCACGAGGAAGCGAUGAGAGCUCGACAAGUAUGCCGUUUCUGUAGACGUGUGUUGUCAUUACACAAGGUUCUUACAGUAGCCCGUGAUAUGUCCACGAAUAAACUCGUUGGAAUGGAGGAAGAAGAUGACUUUGAUGCCCCCUUGGCCCCAACACCCGUCAAAGCCUAUGUACGACAGAAGGCUUUCCCGAUAUCCCCAGAAUUCCACAUGGCUCCAGUGGAGGACCUGUUUUACAAACUGGGUCCUGUGCAUAUUUUCAACGCUGAGAACACCCUAGGGGCGUCAAGGACUGUAACUAUUCACAGAGAGAAUGGCUCAUUUGGGUUCAGUGUUAUUGGGUCUGCUCCAAUGAUAAUACAGAGUAUUGACGACCAAGGCGCCGCAUGGGAGGCUGGCGUGCAAGUUGGCGACAUUGUCAUUGGCGUAAAUGGUGAAGACGUCAAAUGGGGUGAACACCAUGAUGUUGUUGAGACAAUACGUCACAUGACAGAACAUGUUACCUUACAGGUCAUAACACCACAUUCCCUUAAAGAUGUGGCUGCUCACUGUGACUUGAAGGUUGUUAAAAGUGAUAGUGGAUCAUCCUGCAAUGACAAGUCUUCUGUUAGUAGUCAAGGGUCAUCGUCGUCAUUGUCAUUGCAGCCCAGUAGUUCCUCUAAUGACUCUGAAGGAAGCCCAAAAACUCAAAUAAAAGAAGAGAAUACUUUGUCACCGCUACUCAAGGACAAGGAGAACCUUUGCUGACCUGUCAUGUUAUAUCCAUGAAAAAAAGCAACUUUAUAAUGCAUGUAAUAAGCAUCAGUUGAUAGAAUGCAGUUUAAGUACAGGAAAACUACAGUAUAGCCUGCAUGCUGCAUGUAGGCAUUUGGGCUAUUUUUAUCAUAAAAAUCUAGCCACCAACGACACUAGUGAUGGUAACCGCCAUCAUGAAUUUUAAGUAAAAUCAAAGCAAGAUCAAUCUCAUCACAGUGUUCGUGAUGCAAAUAAAGUGCAUCCCAAGUUUGUCUGCCCUUAGGCAGAAAUACCGUGCGGAUGAGCACUUCACCA